AUGGCACAUACAGUGGCCUCGCUUUCACCUUGUAAUUACUUCCUACCACACUUCCUCCCAUCACCCUCCCGUCGCGCUCCCGUCGCCCCUCCCGUCGCCCUCCCGUCGCCCUCCCGUCGCCCUUCCGUCGCCCUCUCGUCGCGCUCUCGUCGCCCUCCCAUCGCGCUCCCGUCGCCCUCUCAUCGCCCUCCCGUCGCCCUCUCGUCGCGCUCCCGUCGCCCUCCCGUCGCGCUCCCGUCGCCCUCUCAUCGCUUUCCGGUCGCCCUCUCGUCGCCCUCCCGUCGCCCUCUCGUCGCGCUCCCGUCGCCCUCGUCGCGCUCCCGUCGCCCUCCCAUCGCGCUCCCGUCGCCCUCUCAUCGCUUUCCGGUCGCCCUUCCGUCCGCUUCCCAUCGGCCUCCUACGCCUUCCUAUAGCCCUCCUGUCGCGAUCGCCCUUACAAUCGUGAUCGCCGUUUCCCAUCCCUUCCCCUCGCCCUCGCCGUCUCCCAUCCCUUCCCCUCGCCCUCGCCGUCUCCCAUCCCUUCCCCUCGCCAUCGCCGUCUCCCAUCCCUUCCCCUCGCCAUCGCCGUCUCCCAUCCCUUCCCCUCGCCAUCGCCGUCUCCCGUCCCUUCCCACGUUCGCACCGCCAUCUCCCUUUCCUUCCCGUUGCCAUCCCAUUCGCCCUCGCCAUCCCGUGGCAAUCCCAGCGCCCUCGCUAUACCGUCGCCCUCCCGUCGUCCUGAGCCCUCGCCAUCGCCAUCUCCCAUCCCUCCCAUCGUGA